AUGACACCGGCUUGUUUUAAUUUUAAUUUUUUUGUUUGAACACAUUUGAUGGUUUUUCCUGGCAAUCCCAAGAGACUUGAAGAUAUUUUCCCACUCAUUUCUUUGUGAGAAUCACCGUGUAUUAUUUAAAUGAACAUCGAGAGCAGUUAAAUAUGAAUUGAAAUUGUUGGUUUCUCAAGAAAUUUGCCUACAUCCGUUUGUAUAAAGUACAGCUCUUCAGACUCAAUGACAAUGGAAUGAACGCUUCUGGUUUAAGAUAAAAGAGGAUCGAUGUUUUUAAAGCUUUGAGGAGUAUUUUGGUGUGGGAAUCAAUGGAAAAUGUUGAAUGAGAAAUAAAGAAAACAGUGUAUACUUUUAUACAGCAAAAGUUGCUUCGUUUUCCUUGGUUUAAUUUCGUUUUAAAUUGAGUAUUUGUGGGGAAUUGUGAAUUCACACAAUGGUCGAUGUAGAUCCAGAUACUCUGUUAGAAUGGCUGAGUAUGGGCCAUGGGGAAGAACGAGAUAUGCAAUUGAUUGCUUUAGAACAGUUGUGUAUGCUGUUGUUGAUGUCUGAUAAUGUGGAUAGAUGUUUUGAGAGGUAGAAAUACUGUAAUAUUGAAAUUUCUUUGCUAUAUUCACACUACAUGUAUUAAACUAAAUUUUUAUAUUCCAGUGCUACUGCUCUAUUGCAUUUUCCCUUGCAUGAAAAGACCCAAGAUAUUAGCCUUCUUCAUCCCCAGAUUGCAGAGUUUUCAAUAUUAGAUUUUUGGGGAAUAGAAUCCCAGAAUAUUUUGAAUUAUUUUCAGACCUGCCUUAAAAGCUGGCAUUUUGCAUAAUGCUAACAGGCACAAAAAAUAAUUUAUUAACAGGAAUAUUAGUGGGCUUGGCAGAAAACUUUGACCCCAGAAACAAAAGUAUUCCCUGCUAUGUUCUGCGGUGCAAAAGCUACAAAUCUAGGGGUGAGGGCACCUAGUAAGUUCCAGGGGUAUGUCAAGAGGUAGUUAAGGACACAGAAUGAUAAAGGGCUAGAAGGAAUAUUUGCAUUUGAUGUAACAUACAGUCGCAGCAAAAGAAGCUGAUCAACUCAGCCCACUGACCAACUCGGCCCAUACCAUCUUCGCCCAAUUGUUAACUACUAUUUGACAUAUUAGGAAAGCUAAUAUUUUACAAAAGAUAGCACCAAACCAAUACAGCCAUGUGCAGUUGCAUUGGGCAUACAGAUGAGUAAAGUUUGAGAACAUCCAGUUUGACUUAAUUUAAUUAAAGAAUCUAUCGAAGUUUCAAAUUCUCAAUCGGUCAGUAUAAUCUGCAGACUGCAAACCGCAGACUGCAGACCAAGUACAAAAUGCAGAAUAGGUAUAAAUUGCAGACUGAAAUUGCAGACUAGGUAUAAAAUGCAGACUGUGAAAAAACGAAUAAAACUACACAUUACACCCGUUUUCAAAAUUAUGCGACUUACCAAAAUAUAAUAUAAGACUCAAAUGUCAGUUUUAUGUCACGAGAGUUGUGAGAACUGCUAAAUAUAGCAAAUGUAAGCAAAAUUAAGACAUUUUAAACCGUAUUUAAUAUACCUAACGAGUAAAGAAGAAUAUUGAACUAAAAUGAGCCAGAUACACAAACUAAAAGAAACAACAAACCAUGUCACAAAAAUAAAUUUGUGUAGUGAAUGACUUUUAUAAGUUUGAGAAAGAGCAAUUUAUCCUCGACAAAUGUGUACUAAACCCGCUUACGCCUGACUAUAGCUGUAUAGCAGUAAUAUUAUGAUUUUGUUGUGCUUAAAUUUUGCAAUAAUUUUCACUAAAAUAUUUUGAAAAUUGCUCUAAACCUUUUUAUAUGAAGCAUACAAAGCUUAUAUACAUUAACAUGCAUCGACAAUGAACCGCAAACUCGAAGUUGUAAAUAAUUUGAACUUCGUGACAGUAUGAAAUAUUAAAAUAUAUGUUUUUUCACAGUCUGCAUUUUAUACCAAGUCUGCAAUUUCAGUCUGCAAUUUAUACCUAUUCUGCAUUUUGUACUUGGUCUGCAGUCUGCGGUUUGCAGUCUGCAGAUUAUACUGACCGAAUUCUCAAUCUGUCCGUUUUGAUACUAAAUUACUGAUCAUUCAAAUCUCUCUCAAAAUUUGCAAAGAUAGAACGCAGUCAUGGUUCCUAGCUUGUUUAAUGGCUAGAUUAGUCAGUUUACAAGUGGGCGGAAUUGGUCCUUGAACGGUGGGCCAAGUUGGUUAGUGCGCCAAGUUGACUGUAAAGCGUAGCAAACAUAUAAUUACUGGGAACAGUUGCAAUUAUUCUAAUAUUGGCAUAAAUUUUUUAAAGGGCAUUGUAAUAGGACCCUUGUAUUGUAUACAUUUAGCCAGGUAUUGCUGUAUGUUAAGGUGUCCCAGCUUGUAAAAACUCAGUAACUUUAUUUAACCCACUGAACUGUAGCCAAGAAACUCCUUUUGACAAUCAUCUGGCAUUAUAUGAAAAUCAAAAGGGACUGGCUAAAUUGAAUGUUAAUGGGUUAAAAACCUCUUUCUUUCUGUUUCAGUUGCCCACCAAGGGUAUUUUUACCAGCGUUAUGUCGAGUGUUUUUGGAUGAAAGCGCACCAGAAAAUGUCCUGGAAGUGACGGCAAGAGCCAUAACUUAUUACUUAGACGUUUCUGCUGAAUGUACAAGGAGAAUUGUGUCAGUUGAUGGUGCUGUCAAAAUGUUGUGUAAUCGUUUGGUCGCGGUGGAUUUAGAAUCUCGUACAAGUAAAGAUCUUGCUGAGCAAUGUGUCAAGGUUUGUCAAGGGUGUUAUUGUUGUGUAAUUAAAGCUUGAUGGAGUGCUUUUAGUUUGACUGUACCAAAACAGUGCAAAACAUUUUUCCAUUUUACUACUGGGUCCAAUAAAAGAUAGCCUGCUAAUUAAAGUGUUGUCAGGGAGAAAAGUUUAGAAUUGAUUGAGCUUCAAUAAAACAAAGUUGUAACCUCAAUUGCAUGGCCGAGAUGGGGAAUGAACCUUACUGUGUUAUGGAUUUCUAAUGUUGUUAUACCACCUGCUUAUUUAGGUGCUUGAGUUGAUGUGUACUCGUGAGACAAGUGCAAUAUUUGACGCUGGUGGUCUGCAGUGUACUCUGACUUUCAUCAACGACUUUGGAAGUCACGUUCAUAAAGAUACGCUCCAUUCCUCAAUGUCCGUUGUCUCUCGCUUGUGCAGCAGAAUGGAGCCACAAGAUGAACAGCUCGAGACGUGCGUGCACUCUCUCUCAACAUUACUCAAACAUGAUGAUGCUUUUGUAAGUAGAGAUAUAAUAUUAUUAGUAACACUGCCCAUGUGCAGACGUUUAAAAAUGUUUGCUGUAUUUUAGGUAACUAUAUAUUCUUCAAAACUAAUGUCCGUAAUAUGCAAGAGGGUAGGGGUGCACCGGAUUUGGAAUUUUCUAAUCCAGCCGGAACCGGAUUUGGACAAAAAUUCCGGCCGGAAUUCCGGCAGGAUUUGACAUAAACCGGUAAUGGGGACAAUUGGGGAUAAAUCAGUAUUCAAAAUGACUGUUUAUGUUUUUUACUAUUUUUAGUUAGUGUCAGUUUAGAUUUUUGAUUGUGUUAAACCUUUUUUAAACAUCUUUUUUUUUAAUAACUUAAUAUUUUCUAAUAAUAUAAGUGUUUUUUUAAACUUUAAAGCUGCCAAAUUGAUGGUUUAUCCCAUUCUUGGUGAACUUUUUAAGGUGAAAACAGAAAUUUAAAUCCGGCCGGAUUUUCUCCAAAUCUGGCCGGAUGCCGGAAAAUUUGUUAAAUCCGGCCGGAAUUCCGGCCGGAUUUGAAAUCCGGUGCACCCCUACAAGAGGGUAGAAAAAAUAAUCUCUACAUAUCUUGUAGGUAUCUGACAGUGCUUUGAGAUGCUUUGCCUCAGUUGCUGAUCGUUUUACUCGGCGAGGUAUGGAUCCUGCGGCGUUGGCAAAACAUGGCUUAAUUGAAGAGUUACUAGAGAGAUUAGCGAAAGCUGGCACGUCAGGAACAGACAGACCAAGUGUGAAUACUGGCACUCCAGACCCCAAGAAUGCAAGUCCUUCAGUUACGACUGUUAUCAGUUUAUUAUCAACUUUAUGUCGUGGUUCUCCUGUUAUAACAGAGGUAAGAAAACUGCUUAGAUCAACGCAUUAAUGACCUAAACUUUUUAUUGACAAUCUUAGUUUUUUAAUGUAAAAAAUUAUUUUUCUUUGUUUUAAUAGUUGCUAUUGCAUUCUCAACUUCCCGAAGCCAUUGAUAAAGCCUUACAAGGGGAUGAAAGAUGUAUACUAGAUACAAUGAGACUUGUCAAUCUGUUACUCGUCUUAUUAUUUGAAGGUCGUAAAGCUCUACCUAAAGCAGGACUGUUGUCUACACCAGGUUCAAUUCCUGGUCUUAAGAGACUUGAUUCUACUGCAGAUAGAUCACAUAGACAGUUGAUUGACUGUAUCAGAAGUAAAGACACUGAUGCAUUGAUUGAUGCUAUUGAAAAUGGUGAGUGAAUGAAAAUUGGUUUCAUUUAUAAUUAAAAUAUUCUUAAGGCAAGCGCAUGGAUAUAUUAAGCGCAUGUUGGACACAUUAAGCAUGGAGCCAUGGACACAUUAAGCACAUGGAAAAACCAGCAAAAACAUUGACACUGUUCACAUUUGAAGAUUUCCAUGUUUUCUUGAAUGUUUCACCCACUCUUUGGAGACACGGUUGUAGAAAGUAAUUUUGCUUUCCAUAAAGCAAAAAUGUUUUCCAACAAAUUUAAUGAUUGACGGUUGAGGAAGCAACGCUUCCUGCAGUGAAUGACCGAUCAUCUGAAUCAGGCCGAGUUUUGCCUUAUCGCUAGACAAUCGGAAUCGGUAGAAUUAUCUAUAUUUCCGAUUCAGAUUCUUGAGAAAAUACGCACUUUAAAAGUUAUACAUUACGCACGUUUAACGUAACAUGUUUCUGCGACGAAAUUAAUGCGUGAAGUGUGCCGUUUAUGAACGGUUUUAACGAACUUUGGUUGCAGUAGCUGUUACAUUGGAAAUUAUCAUCAAAAUUCCAAAUGAUGACGUCACAUUUUCUCAUUCAGCUGACAUUAUGACGUCAUUAUAAAAUCGGUAUCGGGUAGAUUGUGGUAUGAUUGUGGCAUGAUUGUUGUAUGAUUGUGGCAUGAUUGUUGUAUGAUUGUGGCAUGAUUGUUGUAUGAUUGUGGCAUGAUUGUUGUAUGAUUGUGGCAUGAUUGUUGUAUGAUUGUGGCAUGAUUGUUGUAUGAUUGUGGCAUGAUUGUGGCACAAUCGGUCAACCACUAGUUUCCUGUUUUGUCCACUUUAGUAAAAUUUGGUUUCCCCAAGGCUUCGCGUGUUUUCUCUAGCGCUCGAUUCUUUUCAUUUCAACGAAGGGCAUUUUCUUUAAACAACAAUCACACACAAAACGCAAGUCCUAUAAGCAUGAUAAAACAUCCCUAAUUUGAAGCUUGCGCUAAUAUUUCAGGAGGAUUUGAAGUGAAUUUCAUGGACGAUGUUGGACAGACCUUACUGAACUGGGCUUCCGCUUUUGGGACAUUAGAAAUGGUAACAACAUUGUAUAUUUUCUCUCUUGUAAAUGGCCAUAUUGUGUGAAAAAACCGUCACCAAGGGCCGGUUACUCAAAGGUGGAUUAGCGCUAACCCUGGGUUAAAAUUGAACCUGCUGUUUUAGUUUAUGUAUUUCUACACGUUUGUUUAUUUCAAAACUUCAGAGAAGGAAACACCUACUGAUCCAGACAAGAUUUCUGAAGAAACAUUUCCAAAUAGGAAGUUUGCUUUGAAUUUUAGGUUAACCUAAGGUUAAACUAACCCAGCUUUGAAAAAUCGGGCCCAUGCCUUUUUGUUGGCCAAUUUUCUGGUAGGCGCGCUUUCUCGUCUUUCGCGUCACUUGGCCUGAAAUCACACCUGUUUCAUUACGUCAUGACAUUACGCCAUGUUUAGGUGGAAUACCUCUGUGAGAAAGGAGCUGACGUUAACCGAGGACAGCGCUCUUCAUCUCUUCAUUACGCAGCGUGUUUUGGACGACCACUUAUAGCCAAGGUUGGUGACUGUUCCUAAAAUAGUAAACCUCGUUUUAGACAGAAUCAUACCGAAACACUACAAUCAAGGACAACAUCACUUGGACCAACACAUUAAAUACAAAGAGUGUUGCACAAUAUCUAAGAUAACCUCCGAAAAUUAACGUUAAUAGAAUACAUGAUAGUGUUGUAAAAGCAUUAAGAACAGCUAACCAAGAUCGCGUGAUGAAGUCUCAUGCAAUCUCACCCUCGUUUCAUCCGGGUUUUAGCCUUGAUGGAAGAUUGUCUGUUUGUGGUUGUUGCACGCAGACAAAUAUCAGACCAACUUUCUUUUCUUUCAAGUUCGUCUAGACGGGUGAUUUGUUUCUGGGCAUUUCUAUGUCCAUGCCAAGUUGCCAUUAUUCUAUACUGUUAAAGAAUUAGAAUUUUGAAAUAUACUUGCUCGCGAAUGUCGUGACAAAAUAUUCAUUGCUUCAGGUAUUGUUGCGGAAUGGCGCUGAUCCUGAGCUACGGGAUGAAGACGGGAAAACCCCGGCAGAUAAAGCGAGAGAAAGACACGACGAGGGACAUCGUGAAGUCCUGGAAAUAUUACAAUCACCAAGUAAGAAGAGUUUAUACAACUGUCGUUUUUCAUGUGCGCGCACUAGAUAUCUGUAGAACUAUUACUUCCUUAACUGUGUUUUAUCCCGUUAACCCGCUCUGUCAACUUUCCCUGUGGGGGAAACCUGAGAAAACCCACGACUUUCGGUAGAGCAUUGACUGACUCUUGUUCACGUGAGUGGGCAACAACAGAAUCGAACCCACUAACUCCGAGGUGACAGGCGUUUGCUCUGACGUCACCCGAAGCCCAGGGGUCCAGUUCUCUCUUAUUAGUCCAGUGUCGAACUACAAGAGGAAAGCUGAACUAAAAUAAUGUUGUGUUGUAUAAUUCUAUCAGUUUUAAACUGUUCUCCCUGCAGGGUCAACCUGACGCUAAGAAUAAUCUAUUGUUAUAUAGUUAUUGUCAAAGUUCAAUUUUUCUGUUUGCCGAUUGGUUAAAACCGUGUCACGUGCUGGUCCACAAAACGUCAUGUUCGGCAACCGGUCCACAAUGAAACAUUUAUUGACAGGUCAAUAAUAAAAUGGGUGCAAUACGCAUGCGUGUCAAUCAUGAAGUUCCAAAGUUCAUUUUUAAACUUUUUACUAAACAUUUACGGCGUUCCAUUUAUCCAGUUUUGGUUUCAAAUUAAGUUCACUCCAAUAACCGGUGAAUUAUUCAUACUUUGACACUUAUAUACUAUAAACACUUAUUUACUGACACCUCGGAAAAGCAGUGUGUUUUGUGGCCCCGCGACCGCCGUUGUUGCCCUCGGCUUCGCCUCUGGCAACAACGGCGGUCUCGGGUCCACAAAACACACUGUUUCCCUCGGUCUCAGUAACUAAGUGAUAAUUGUUCCAGUGUUUCACAGAAAAACCCAGAAAAAGCCUGCAGUCUUUGGAGAUGUAUUAUUAUUAUUAUUAUUCAAUCUUCAGGUGACUGGAUGACGCCGUUCAACAACAGCACAAACAAAACCGGAAGUAAGGGACCGGAAACCGGAAGUGAGAAAUCUAAAGAUGACGAAAAGAAAGAGGAAGAUGAAUCCACAGAUACUACCGCUGAUCCAGAGACUGCAGCUUCAUAUAUCAUUCAUCUCCUCCCGUUAUUUAUAAAGUCCUACCAAACCUCCAUGGUCAGUUCUGUGAAGAAGGCCAUCCUUAGUUUGACAAGGAAAAUGAUAUUUUACAGCACGGGAGAAAAUCUUCAGGAGCUAGCUAAGAUAUCUGGUUUUGCCUCUGGUUUAGUAGAAGUUAUCGCUGCCGUCUUUGAGAAUGAGGUAAAGUUCGUCUUUGAGAAUGAGGUAAAGUUCGUCAUAUCGUACAGCGUUCAAAGAAAGUUUCACAAAAUAAUGAAUAGAUCAUUGAAGUGAAAAUGUUGUUGGGGUGGUCUAAUUCGUACAUGACAUCCAAAAUGAAAAAUUUUAUUUUCCGCAGGAAAUACUUUUCCCUGAGAGAAAUGCGCAGAAAUGUCAGAUAUUUUCGCAGAUAAUUUAUGGCAGACCAAGGGAUCCUGCAGUCGGAAAGUGUUUUUUUUUAAUGGAGGACUCCCACUACCUGUUCCUUUCAAUACCAACGACACCCCUUUCAACCCAAUAUUCACAAUGUUUCAUCACCAUCCUGAUGCAUUACAUUCAAUAUUUUUCUACUUCAGGACGAUGAUGAUGGUCAUAUGUCAGCUCUAAAUAUCAUCCAAGAUCUUCUGGAGAAAGCGAAUGACGUUUUCAUUGAACAUUUUGCCCGCCUGGGAGUGAUUAGUAAAGUCUCCGAGAUGGUUGGACCACUGUUGGAGGAGGAAGACGAGGAGGAGAAUGGGGACCAAAUUGACGGUGCUGUUGGUUGUCAAGGCGACAAGGUUUGUUGACGACAGAUAUGGAGAUGUUAAAGAUUUUGAACGUUGGCCAAAAGUUUAUUAAUCAGCUAGGAAUAUAUUAGUUUUAAACAGUUCUAUCCAGAGGCUCAAUAAGAGCUAUUACUUGUUGAUCCAGUGUUCCUACAGGAGGGACAAGGAGUACUUGGGGUCGAACAGCAAGAACUCUUCUGUAGCCCAAAAAUGGCGGAUUUCGGCCUCGUGAGAAAGGCUGAUAACUAACCACCGUUUCACCAACAUUUUAUUGUUCCUAGGACUCAGCUUCCUUGCAAGAAGAUGCGAGUGAGAUAAUCCAAGGCCGUCCGUAUCAUUGGAAAGAUUGGUGUCUAAUACGCAGUCGAGACUGUCUCUACCUUUGGAAUGAAUCGUGUGCUCUGGAGUUAUCUAAUGGCAGUAAUGGAUGGUUUAGGUUUAUAUUGGAUAAUAAACUGGCGACCAUGUACUCAAGUGGCAGUCCCGAAGGAGGCUCAGACUCGUCAGGUAAUGCAGAGGUUUCUUUGAUAAUUCAACAUAUAUGGAAAUAUUUUCAUUUCUCUGAUGAAAUGUUCUCUAAGGCCAAAAAAAUAUGUGGGUUCCCUAUUUCUUCUUGUAAAAACUUAGGUAGGGUAGGUCGGUUUUAACUUUUUUUUAAACUUUUUUUAAUUUUCCUAACAACCACGCGUACGCCAUUUUGUUUAGUCAGUGCUUCCACAUCCAAAGAUAAAUGUCCCUAAUAUUGCCUCAAAUUUCCAUUUUCCACAAACGUUUUCCUCUAAGUGGAAACACUUACAAGCAUGAACCAAUAAAAAGUUUAGGGUCGGGAUUUCGGCGUCCAAAAGCUAGGUAGGGUCGGGAAACCGGAAACCCACAUAUUUUUUUGGCCUAACUAGACUUGCCUUGAUGAGGUCAGCUGCUGUCGUACGUCGACGCCAAUACACUGUAUUCCCUUAGAUUUAGUACAGGGAUUUUGUAGAUGGAAUUUCGAGAGUGUAUUUUAAACAUUUCUUAGACCUACCCACGAGCAGUUGCGAGAAUCUUAAUCCAAAACCAAUCGAUCAAAACUAAUUCCAAAUAUUUUCUAAAAAUCUUAGAAAGUCGUGGAGAAUUUUUGGAAAAGUUACAGCGAGCCCGCGGUCAGGUGAAAGCAGAUCUUGCCAGUCAACCGAUCUUAUCAAGUCUUAACUCAGCGAGUCUUCUGGUGGGUAACUGGUCAUUUGCUUGCCAGAAAGAUAACGAACUCUCAAUUUACAACUCAGAUGGACAACAGACUACAAUACUCUGUGAAGACCUGCCUGGGUUUGUGUUUGAAUCAAAUCGAGGCACUAAACACAUGUUUACAGCCGACACGUCCCUGGGCGCGGAGUUUGUCUCGGGCUGGAGCGGGAAACCUGGCAAAAAGUUCGUUUCAAAAGCUGAACAACUCAAGAUGAAAGUGAAGACGACAGCGCGUGAAGUGCAGGAGAAAUAUUUCCAGACUGCUUUGUCAAGUCCCAGAGAGGUUGUCACCAAACUUCAAGAAAUUGUACGCAAUCUUUACGCAUGCUGUGAUGCGCAUGAGAAAAACUUAGAUGUAAGUUUAUCGUGAUGUAUUUGAUAACCCCCCGGAAAAUGCCUAUUUUACAGUCCUAGCCAGGGAGGUUACCCAACUACCAAUAUAGUCGAUAAUAUUGACUCAACAUACCAGUCUACCUAAAAUUCCAGGCUACGUCUGCCUGCCUGCCUGCCUAACUUAAUCUUGGGUGAAUGUAGGAUAGUUUGUAUACCCAUAUUUCAACCUAUUUUAACAAUAAAUACUGUAUACCAAAAGUAAAAUGGUCUAAAUACCAAUAGUACAUUAACCAAUAAGUCACAAUACAAUUUCAGUUGAAUGGUGACAAUGGCUGGGAGAAAGAUAUGGUUAAAGUGCUGAAGAUGUUUCUGGAGUUGCUCAAGGAUGAUAAAACUGUGUCUUCCUAUGAGUUACAGACAAGUGGAGUUGUACGAGCCCUGUUACAUUGCUUGAGUCAGGUAUGCAAAUCUUGAUUGUCUUAGAAACUAAACCUUUAAUUGUUCUACCAGUUAUUGCUUCAGUGCAACUGACUUCUCUUAUUGCUUCAAUGCAACUGACUGAGGUUACAAUCAGACAACUACAUGUUUCAGGAAUCGAUCCCUGAAAAUGAAUGACACAUGCAAUAGCCACUGUAAUCACAGGCGGCCCAAUCUCGCAAGGGUCAGUAUAGACUUUAUACAGUAUAAAUUUAUAGUAUAUUAAUUGUAUAUUAUAGUAAAAAUAUGUCGUAAAAUAUAAAUUUUAAAAUGAAAUUUACUUGCCUAUUUGAUAGUGUGUGUUCUCCUUUUAUUCCUCUUUUGUUGGACUAAUAUUUUCCGAGACUUUGUACUCGAUGUUACUAGUAUACAUGAAACAUGAUAAAGGCUAACCAUUCCCGAUCGUCGAUACGACGGCACGGCACUUCGAAUCGAAAAUUUCCACACUCAAAUCGCUUUAUUCUCCAAAAUAAUUCGCCAGCAUGUACAACAGAUGCCGUUCUUCGAAAAUACGGAGGUACUUCGGCGAGAUGUACAAGUUUUGGACCAUAUUUUAACAAUGGAAAUCUAAACCCAUUUUAUAUUGAACUUGCCCAGGCCGAAAAUUACUACGGCGAACGUCUGCGCAACCAGGCCUCCUUACCGUUGAGAUUUACAGGGGGGAAGGAUGCCACUGAUAUAUUAACGAUCAUAUUUCGAAUUAAAGUAUCAUAUUCUACCAUGCUUUCCAAAAAUGAGCCGCUGUAUAUUUCUUCUUCCUUAAAUUCCUACAAUCUCCAUCGUUUUGUUUUCUUUUCUUCGACAACAUCUCGAGUUUUAUACAGUAUCAGAUCGAAGGAGUUUUUAUUUUGAAUAUCAAAUUUCAAAUAAUGUAAACAGUCGCUAUCACGGUUGCGAUUGGCUGGCUGUUACCGGAAAUAUUUGCUUCCCCCCUGUACAUCCAACGGUAAAGGAGGCCUGGUUACGCAGACGUUCGCCGUAGUAAUUUUCGGCCUGGGCAAGUUCAACAUAAAAUGGGUUUAGAUUUCCAUUGUUAAAAUAUGGUCCAAAACUUGUACAUCUCGCCGAAGUACCUCCGUAUUUUCGAAGAACUGCAUCUGUUGUACAUGCUGGCGAAUUAUUUUGGAGAAUAAAGCGAUUUGAGUGUGGAAAUUUUCGAUUCGAAGUGCCGUGCCGUCGUAUCGACGAUCGGGAAUGGUUAGCCUUUAUCAUGUUUCAUGUAUACUAGUAACAUGGAGUACAAAGUCUCGGAAAAUAUUAGUGAAACAAAGGAGGAAUAACAGGAGAACACACACUAUCAAAUAGGCAAGUAAAUUUCAUUUUAAAAUUUAUAUUUUACGACAUAUUUUUACUAUAAUAUACAAUUAAUAUAAUAUACUAUAAAUUUAUACUGUAUAAAGUCUAUACUGACCCUUGCGAGAUUGGGCCGCCUGUGCUGUAAUCUAUACAAUUUAUCAGAUUAUAUUGCUUUAUACAGAGCUUUAUUUGAUCAUAACUUAGCAGUAAUGGUCAGAGCAGGGAGCACAACCCGGAGACAAAAAAUUCCUGCAGACCAACGGAGUAUUUUUGUGCUAAAUUUAAAUGUGCAUAAACAUAUAGUGUUCUAGCUGACCAUGGUUUUAAAUUCAAGGAAUAAUGUCUGUCAACCAUAUGUUGUUGCGCUCAUAGUGGGACAUGGCCGUUAAGGUUUCCUUCAAAUUUUCAAUAGCAAAUCUUCAUUCAAACGAAUUUCCUGCAGCUGUUUAACAUUUCCUGCGAGCAGUGCUCGCGUGCUCGCCUAUUUUAAAAUUUUGAGAAUUACGAAAAUUCAGUUAAAACUUUGAUGUUCUGUGUUUAGCAUACAAGAGCACCAGAUGAUGAGAAGACCAAACAUAUUAUGAUCGAAAAAGCACAUCAAAGAAUUGAGUUGUUUAAAUCAGCUUUUGGAGAAUCAGUGAAAUCAUUCACUGAACAUCUUGAGAGGUGAGAAAUCAUCAAUAAACAUGUGAAAAUGACCCGUAUGUACUUCUCAAGCGUUACGAGGAUGACGUCAGAAAUGUGGAUACUUGCAGGAGCAAGAGAAUUAGCCAUUCCGAAGUUGAUGAGUGGCCUGGGGACGAGUGUUAAAAAGUGCCCAAAUGUUCCCACGCAAUCUUAGGUUUGGUAUCAUGUGUGUGACACCAAGCACGAGAUUGCGUGGGGAAAUUCUUAAGUAAUUACCACAAACAAUCGCUAUUGUCAAACACAACGCCUGGAAGCGUGGCAUAUAAAUACGAGUAAUCAUGCUUUGAAUAGGGAUGACGGUGCCUAUUUGCCAGAGGAAUACAUGCAUCUCAUUGGCAGGUGACGUCAUCCCUUGGGUAUUUAAGAAGCCACAUUGCAACUUUAGAUCACCCCUGAUGAAGACACUAGACUGGAGUGUCGAAACGUUGGGUCUUGAUUACAAUUCGACUGGGCUUUGUAUUCAUUUAUGUAAACCAGAGUAGCGAGCGAAAACAUGAUUACAUGAUUAUUAUUCAGCUCACCCCAAUUGGAGCUUUUCAGUGACCGAUUACAUCCAGUAUUACGCUCAUGUUGCUUAUACUUAUGUAGCUUAGACUAUUUAUCUUUACAACAAUUGUGAUAUUACUUUCUCUAAGUGUGUUUAUCCUAACCCACCCUGCCAAAAUUCCCUGUGGGAGGAAACACGAGUCCGUAGCAAGAAUCAAAGCCACGACACAGAAUAAGGUACACAGAAGGCCGACUUCUUCGUUUUUCCUAUGAUUUUCCUAUGAUUUUGGCGUAACUCGUGAUUCGUCAUCAAAUGCUGACGCCAUGGUCCUAGCCAGUGCGCGUUUGAGAGGCAUUCACCCCCCUGAUAAUAUUCAAAAUGGUGGACGUCGAGGGGGGGAAUGCCUCUCAAACGCGCACUGGCUAGGACCAUGGCGUCAGCAUUAUGAUGAUGAAUCAUGGCGUGGCAGUGGUUACUCGAGUCGACCUUCUGUGUACCUUAUUCUGUGGCCACGAUCUCAGAGGUGAAAGACGCUUGAUCUGACGCCUGCGCCACUGAAGCCUCAAACACAGAGACUACUACAUAUAAUCAAAAUAAUUCCAUCACUUUCUCAUUCUGAUAACUACAAUAUAUUCCAUCAUUCAAUAUAUUCCAUCAUUUUCUCACUCUGAUAACUACAGGUAGACCAUCAUCUGCUGCACGAUAGUGCUCAGUGAAACCCACUAUAUUAUUUCUUUUUAUUUAAUAGUUUUGAAGCGAUUUCUCCGGCGGUGUUUCUAAUCCGUAAACUGACUGCUGUGUUAGAAAUGUCGGAAAGAUUGCCAGUGUAUUCAUUUGAAAGCAUGACCAGUGGUUUGCAGAUCCUUACUCGUCGCCUUCGUUUCCGUCUGGAGCGAGCUCCUGGAGAGAGCGCCUUGAUUGACAGAUCAGGAAGAACGCUCAGGAUUGAGCCACUCACGACAGUGGAGGCUUUGAAAAGCUACCUUGGCAGAAUGGUAAGUGCCGUAGUUGUCGAGGCAUAAACUAUAGCGUGAUAAUCACGAAGCAUUUCUGACUGCAAUAGACAAUUCCAUUAUAGGCUAAUUUUGAAACUAGGCAAGGAGAUGCAAAUAAAUCACCACAGCUAGAAAGAGCAUACUAAAAUGAGUAAAAUUGCAAAGUUUGGUUGCGAAAUGUUGUAAAUUGCGGAAAAUAUAGCCUUGCAAAUUUUGUAUACUUUUGUAUUGCGUGCGGAAAUUGCUACCAUUUUCAACACAAUUGUGGUCGAAGGCCCUUCGUUGGGAAGGUAGUUGGCCUUCCAGGAAGCGCCUUCGCUCGAAACGUCGAAGUUCUCCUUGUAUUUUUCAGGUAGUUGUAUUCCUAUCAAUCUGAAUCUUUCUUAUAUACGUUACAACUACAUGCUCGAUUAAAAACUGAUCAGAAGCCAGGAUUUCUCUCUGAAUACUUUUAUAAAUAAACAUCGCUUUAUUCCGAGAUUGGUCUUUAGAGAAUACAGGUAGCCUGCUCCGCAGGCCUCUAUGGGUUUUAGCCUGCGAAUAGGUAUUGAAAAAAAUUCUGGAGAUUUUUCCGACGACCCGAUUCCCAGGGUGAGAUGCCUGCGGAGGAGACUAGAAUACAGGUAGGCUCUGUGAUGUCUUAAUUUCUGUUUUGUUUCAUUGUCUAGGUUGCCAAGCAAUGGUUUGAUUUUGAUCGAAAUACAUUUUCAUUCAUCAAGAAAGUGAAAAGUUCUGCUCAGGUUUUCACGUAUACUUCUGAUUUCGACGAUAAUGGUAUUCUCUACUGGAUAGGCACGAACGGAAGGUACUAUAUAGUCUUGUUCCAACACUCAACGAUGUGUAAACGAUGUUUACAACAUGAAGAAUGUAGGAUUAAAUUUUUUGAAUUACUUGUGUUGUCGUGGUCAUCAAGCUUGCCUUUCAAGCUGGGAGACCUGGGUUCAAUCCUUGCUCGGACCUCUACUCAAGCUCUUAAAAUAAUUGAGGAGAAAGAGCUACCAUUGUUAGACUUUCGCGUCUUCUUGGAUAAGGACGUUAUAUCGUAGGUACCUCGGAUCCCCUAUCAAUUGACCAUUUGCGUAAUAGACUAAAUUUUGAUCUAGACAAGUCUAUACAAUAAUUUCAUCACAGCUUGAAAGAGCAUCACAAAAUUAGUAAUGUUCCAAAGUUUCGUUGCGAAAUGUUGUAAAAUGCCGAAAAUAUAGCCUUGCGAAGCUUGCAAUUUACAGUCAUUUUAGAUUACAAACGGGAAAUUGACAGCCCGAUACGCUUUGAGGCUGUCAAUUUCCCGUUUGUAAUCUAAAAUGACUGAAAAUUGCAAACUUCGCAAGACUAUAUUUUCCGCAUUUUACAACAUUUCGCGACGAAACUUUGGAAUAUUACUAAUUUUGUGAUGCUCUUCCAAGCUGUUAUGAAAUUUUUGUUGAGAUCAAAAUUUAGUCUAUUACGCAAGUGGUCAAUUGAGCAAUAGCCUGUUGGGAAAUCCGCUGACCAAUGAGUGAGAAACUCAAUAAACUCAAUAAACUCAAUAAACGUGUAAUUGAAAAAACUGGAACCUGUUAUUUUGCAGGACGACAAAUGAUUGGGUGAAUCCAGCUUCUGUUGGCUUGGUCGUUGUGAGUUCAUCUGAGGGACGCGCAUUGCCUUAUGGGAAGCUAGAAGAUGUCGUCAGCAGAGAUGGUGCUGCACUCAACUGCCAUACGAAUGACGAUAAGUAUGUGAUCGCUCAGUGAAGAAAUGAAACUGAACUAUAAUUAACUUAUGUUUUCUGGACAGCGCUAUACCUCUACCAGUGGCGAAGCAACAGGCCAUGCCGUGUAAACGUUUAAGGAUUUGAAUUAUCCAAACCUUUAGAAAUGUAUCGUCUUUAACCUAUCUAGAUGCAGGUUUAUUAGCAUAGCAUGACCAGUUUUCCAUGGCUAGUUUCACCACUUCCUCUACCAGUUGCGUCUAAAUUAUUCUUCAUUUUCUUCCAGGAGUGCUUGGUUUACAAUCGAUUUAGGAUUAUUUGUGAUUCCCAAAUCCUACACACUACGUCACGCACGGGGUUAUGGAAGGUAUGUUAAGUCUGGUUUAGACUAUCAAAGUUUCUGGCAUCACAGUAGGAAUUUUACAUACUGGGUAAAUUGUACGUUUUGAAGGAUUUGUAAGAAAUGUUUGAGGGUUGCAUUCUCUUCAUUUCACAUUUUCCCUGCAUGUUUUCAUUUCUUGUUUUCAUAUUUUCAUUUUUGGUGUCUGCAUUGCAUUCUCUUGUUAUGUUUCUCCUGUGAGACUUCUCGACUACUUUCUGUGUCUUAUUUUAUUCAUUGUUGCUUUAGAUCGGCAUUGCGAAACUGGCUAUUGGAGCUUUCCAAAGACAACAAAACUUGGCUAACAUUGAAAACUCACACUAACGAUACGUCACUCAGUGAACCAGGGUAAAAAUAAAUAAACUCUUGAAAGAGAAUGUAUUUGUAAUAUGAUAUGUCAAUGACUUCAAAUAUUAUAUAAUUUUUUUCAAAUGUUGUUUUGCCGUACAGAUCAACUGCAACGUGGCAUCUAGAGGCGCCAGAAGACAGUGAAGGAUGGAGAUAUAUUCGUAUUCAUCAGAAUGGGAAGAAUGCAAGCAAUCAAACCCACUAUCUCUCAUUGUCUGGCUUGGAGUUGUAUGGUACAGUUGUGAGUCCUGUGGAAGAAGCUCUAGGUAACGAUUAUUCAUGUUGUCGAUCACUUUUCCACCUUGGCUAAUUCACUAAGGCAUAGUCGAGGCCAGAGAAGUCGUAUAUUUUUUCCACCUUGGCUAAUUCAUUAUAGUCAAGGUCAGAAGAGAAGUCGUAUAUUUGCUCGUCAUUGAUACGUCAGAAAGGAGAUACAUGUAUUAGGAGAUGCAUGUAUAUAUUUGAUCUUUUUGUCUCCUAUAAGUCGGCCAACAUUUUCAAAGUUGAGUAGUUGACCACAAUCUGCUAUCGUAGUCAAAUUAGCCUUUCUCAUGGCCGAUUUUCCCGCCAUUUUUGGGGUACUGCCUCUCUCAUGUUUGAAAGUCUCCGGCACCACGAAAUACAACAUUUUAGUAUUGUAGUUGUUUGUGCAAUGGUAAAUUUACAGUUAUAACUUUUAAAAGUCGCUUUUCACGUUGUUUGAAUUAUCUGGAGUCUUUCACGAGGGCAGACAGUAUUUGGCGUUCUUGAGAAAGGCAAACUUUUAACGAUUGUUUAUUUCCAGGGAAACCCAUGCGUGAACAUGAAUCAGCAGUGAAGCGACAGAGAAGAAUGAAAACUUUGUUGAAACAUUUUGCUGGCAAAGCCGCGCGAGGACUGGAAGGAAAAUGGAAAGAAGGAGAAGCCCUGGACCCGAGUCUGGAAGCCGCCUUGGCGAGGGAGUUGUCUGACGGUGAGGGAUGUUAUAAAAUAUCUUAGCUGACAAUUUGGAAGUGAGACAAUUUGGAAGUGUACAUCCAAAGACCGUCUCUGAAGAAUACACCACUACAUCUGACUCGUCCCCAGUCGUCUCUGUGAGCACGUGCGAUAAACAUAUGUAUACGGUACAUUAUUUAGUAAAAUAUUGAUUGUUAACUUUUCAGAUUGGGUGGAGGUGGCGUGGGCUGAAGGUCUUCCAGCAGCAUUACGUAAUGCAGCCAUGAACAUGAGAGCUGGCAUGAAAGACUUGGCUGGAGAACCAAGCAGUCUAUAUUCUCAGGUAGCUUCCUGUAAAUAUAGGUUUAAAAACCCUGGCGAAGGCAGCUCCGUUGGAGUUUCUAUUAAAGUUGAAUCAAACACAGUGUCCGCUGGGACGUUGUCAAGUAAUGUCAAAAACCUCGAGAAAGCUUCAGCCGCUGUCGACGCUCAGAGUAAGGGUGAUGAAGGAAAAUCAAGUACUUUUCAGGAUCCUGCGGGUACAUCGAGUACAGAAAGCGCGGGAAAACAGGAACCAUUAGGAACAACGGAUGGUGGUAGCGAUGAACAUUCAGAGACACAGGGUGUUACUGAAGAUCCUGCUGUUCCCACAAGGACACAAGUUGAUACUAGUGGACAGACUGAAGAUCCUACAAAACUCUCAGUUACAACAAAGACUGCAGAAGAAAUUACAAACACAUCACAGACUGCAGGCGACACAGCUGGUUCUUCAGCUACAUCUAAGGACACUGUUGGUGGUACUUCAGGAACAUCUGAGGAUACAAGCAGUCUGUCAUUCCUACAAACCAGUAAACCUUCAGGUUUUGGUGGACUUGUGACAUUCUUGGAGUCAGUCAGGGAUAAUGUUAGGGACAACAGUAGUAAUACCACAGAUCCUGGCUCAAGUGAUGUGACCGUCACUUCAACAUCGGAGACUGGCGCCAAGUCUAGUGCCCAGGAUCAAACUAAAACGAUGAUGUCAGAUGAUGAGAAAAGUUCCGAAGUUGUGACGUCACCAGACGAUAAACAGUCUGGCAUGAUUUAUACCAUGACAAGGUAGGGAUUUUGUUAGACUGGUUUCCAGUGUAGACAUUAGGGUGGGAGUUUUAUUAACACAAUGUUUGAUCCAGUGGCCCUGCCGGUAUGGUGCGGCUCUCUGAAUCAGACGACUAUAGAAGCUAAGCUUUUAGUAUUGCAGCCCGCUUGCUCAAUUGAAUACUAAAAUUUAACUUAACUAACUUUAUUUAAUAAACUGGAUAGUUCUGUCAGUUCUUAACUGAGGCCUAGCGAGUGUCAUCACGUGUAGGUCCAGUAUUACAGCAGAAAACCCAAACUGGAAGUACUCUGUAUGACCCAAAUUAUAAUCAGCCAACUGCAUAUAUAUUGCUUAAACUUUGAGGCACUGUAGCAGUAACAUUAUUUGAUAAUUCAGUCCCAGUAGUGGUAAAACAUCUGGACUAAGUAUGGCUAGCACGACGAGUACAGCAAGCAGUAAUCCUACAUCAGACAGCGAGGUGGAGAAUAUUCCCAUGGACUGCACGUUAUUGGCUGAACUUGAAGACGAGGCUGAUGACCUGCCUGACCCGGAUGAAGACGAGGACGACGACGAUGAUGAUGACGACGAUGAGGAUAAUGAGGAGAAUGAAGAUGAAUUUGAAGAGGUAUGUAGGGAUAUUUAGGGAUAAUGUGAAGGAUAUGUAGGGAUCUUUAGAGAUAAUUUGAUAAGGUAUGUGUGGUAUUUAUGGAUAACUGAGAAUGAAUUUGAGCGGGUAUUUAGGAAAUUUCCGUCGUGAAGGUAAGCCCUAUUCUGUGGCUGUUAUUGUUAGAGUUUACGAGAGUAGAGAUUGAGAGCGAGAAACUACCCAUAUUUAUGAAAGGAAUAUUGCAAAAAAGCAACGACAGGCCCUCCAGCAGGAAUUGAACCAGUAGCCUUGCGAUUAGGGUGAACAAAUUUAUAUAUCUGUAAAUAUGAACAUUUUAAAGACUUGAUAUCUUUUAAUAUCGAUGUGAUUGCAGAUGGAUGAGAGUGAACUUCACAACACAAACAUUCGUAGUCGACGUUCAUGGGACGAUGAUUUCUGUCUGAAGCGACAAUUUACAGCUCUGAUUCCCGCCUUUGAUCCACGACCUGGCCGAAGUAAUGUUCAACAGAUACAGGAUAUAGAGGUGCCACCUGAAGGUGAGUGCUGCAAUAUGAUUGGAUGAAUGGGAGAUCGCUUGCGAUCUGAUUGGAUGAAUAAGAAAUGUCUUGCCUGAUGAUUGGCUGAAUAUGGGAAGUCUUGUCGUCUGAUUGACUUAUUAGUGAGGUUCAGAUUUGACUUCCACUACCGCUACCAUUAAGGGACCAUUAACCAAUCAGAUGCGUUUGAUAUAUCAGAUUAACCAAUCAGAUGCGUUUGAUAUAUCCGAUUAACCAAUCAGAUGUGUUUGAUAUAUCCGAUUAACCAAUGAGAUGUCUUUGAUAUAUCCGAUUAACCAAUCAGAUGCGUUUGAUAUAUCCGAUUAACCAAUCAGAUGUCUUUGAUAUAUCCGAUUAACCAAUCAGAUGUCUUUGAUAUAUCCGAUUAACCAAUCAGAUGUCUUUGAUAUAUCCGAUUAACCAAUCAGAUGACUACUAAGCCAGUGAGAGGUAGUAGUAGUCAAAUCUGAAACUUCCUAGGAUGAACUGCUUUGCAAAUUGCAAUACUGACAAUUUGUAUUUUGAAAUAUUUUCAGCUGAGUCAGGCUCACCGCCUACUUCACCAGAUGGUCAAGCCUACUGUAAUCCAGAGAUUGAGUUGGUCUUAAAAUCAACAGCACCACCAGGGGUAUGUUCUUGUUUUUCUCUAUACACACUGAGGCUGAGAGUUUACUCUCGUUGCCAGUGCACAUUUUCAGAUAACUCCGCAUACCUUUCUAAUAAUGUAAGCAUAGAAUAGAACAAAGGUAAUCAAGAAUUUCAAUUAUAUAUGUGAGUGAAUUGAUAACUCACAUGCAUAGUUACCACUGUUCUGAUAAUGCAAGUAUACAAUGGAACAAAGGUAACCAAACAUUUAAAUUAUUCUCUAUCUAGAUGCCUGAAGUGACUGUUCCUCUAGAUGAUCCGAAAUCCACCAUAUUCUCCUACGUUCAUAAGCUGGCUUUGCUGUCUGGAAAAUUAAAGACUGAAAGACUUCGACGAAUAUGGGAACCAACGUAUACGUAAGUACAACAUGUUUCUUGCUCAAAUGAUGCGUCGUUCGUGAAGAACGCAAUAAGAAUGUACAUUUAGAGAGAGAGCGGCAAGAUUGACUAUAGCCUGGGUUGGGGCGCGGGCAGCGAAAAUUAGGGAGGCUGGCAGCUAUGCAGGCUAGGUUGACUACAGUAUUAUCAUGUAUCGUGAGGUGUAUUCAAAGUUGACAUGAAUGAUUUAUGUGUUUCAGGGUGGUGUACAACAGUGUUGGUAACGUUACUGAAGCCAGGAAAUCCAGUGGAAGUGGCGAAGAAAAUUUGGAUGAAAAUGUAAGAAAAUGUCUUAUUUUAUUACUGGUACUUGUUAAAGCAAGUCGUGUUGUUCUCGCACUCAUGAAACACUCGUCUCACAUGCAACCGAGGAGAAUUUCACACAACACUGAAAGCUGCGGUAGUUGAAUCCCUUUCAAUCCCCAGCUUUCUGUUGUUAUUGUCACUACCUACACAGACUGUUCAAGUUCAACUGCGCAUGACACAUGCACUAACCACUAACAUGAAAACCUCGUCGCAUCAACUCAUCUUUCCUCUGUUAUUAUUAUUCAGUUCACUCCCCAUUGAGGCUUUUCAGUGACUGAGGACGCUUUCCAUAACAUGGCCAGACCGAUCAAAUUGUUGAACGCAAAACGUUUGAGCUUUGCACCUACAGUAUCUAACCGGAAAAUUUGGAUCAAAUUAGAAUGAGGUCGAUUUUCGCUAGAUAUUUGAGAAAUAUAGACCAGAUCUUUCCACUAAUACAAAGACAUAAAUUUUGGUCUGAUCGAUCUGGCCAUUUAAUGGAAAGCGCCCUGAUUACAUCAAGUAUUACGCUUACUUAUGUUACUUAGCCUAGACUAAUUAUCUUUACAACAAUUGUGAUAUUACUUUCCUAACUAUCUUUAUGUUAACCCACCCUGUCAACCUUUUCCUUGUGGGAAGAAACUGGAGAGAAAACCCACGACUUUCGGCAGAGCUUUCCAUAGCGAGAAUCCCACGCACUCAGAGGUGAAAGCCGCUCUGACGACUGCUCCAUUUUUUCUCUAGAAACGUUGGAGCGUGAAGUAUGUCGUCAGUCAUCUUGGGACAGACAGUCUACCCAAGUGUGACCUCAUCAACUACCUUCAAGAUCAUGCUGACUCGGCGUUCUUAAGAAAAUGGAAACUUACUGGAAGUACAAAGAGUAUUAGAAAGAACAGAAAUUGUUCUCAGCUUGUCUCUGCUUACAAGGUACCCUCUCUAAAACUGUCUUUGAGUUGCACAAUAACCUCAAGAUACGCCGAUUCUUUCGAAUUUGUCUACACUAAUUUUACUUAUAUUGGAUUGCUUUAUCAGUCCAGUUGUUCCAAGCUGGAUUAGCGCUAACUCUGGAUUACUAACUCUGGAUUCAAAUUUAAUCUGCAGUCUAGGUUUAUCUAUCUCUGCACGUCUGUUUCAAAACUUUAGAAAAUAAAACUUCUGAUGUCCACACAAGAUUUCUAGAAAAAUAUUUCCAUAUUUAUAAACAAGCUGUUUGGAGAAUUGCUUUGACGUUAACCUAGGGACGUUUGAGGUUAACCUAGGGACGUUUGACGCUAACCUAGGGACGUUUGACGUUAACCGAUGGUUAAGCUAACCUGCUUUUGAACAACCGGCCCUGAACUGUUCUCUCUCUCCCUAUUGUUUUUCCUCCAACAAUAUACAUGAAUUCUAUUCACGCUAUCUUAGGAAUUCUGCAAGUUGUAUUCUCCUGUUCUGUCCAAACGCGGAAGUGCUUCAACAUCCGAGCAAACAUCCCUGGUCAGAAAAUCAAGUUCAUCUCAGAGUAGUGUGGUCAGCGGUCAUACGAGCUUGGAUUCCGUCGAGGACAUCUUGAAACUGGUCAGACUUCUCUACUCGAUAUCAACAACGUCCAUGGAGGAAUUCGGUGAAAAUGGUGCGUUUGGUUUUAUUUCUGUACCAUCUCGUUAAAUGGUUUGACUGUUUUCAAAUGCACAGGGGAUUACAGUAUUGAUAUUUCUGUAAAUUUCUUUGUAGCUGACGAGAAUUACGGAUUUAUUAUUCCUUCGGAAGAAUUUAGCAGCAAGAAGAUCACAACAAAACUCAUCCAACAGAUCAAGGUAGGCGAUCUUGAAUCGCGAAACAGUUUCAAUACAACAUGUAUUGAUCAGAAUUUGAUGCACUUCCCAGUCUCGUACCCAGGCGCUUAAAAGGAACGCACAAGCAACCCACAUACCCUUGGGAGCUGUUGACGCGCGAGAAGAAAUCGCGCUUAGCUGUUAUAUACAGAUCAGUGGCUGAGUGGUGAUUUCCAUUUCUUUGCUUUCUCCUUAGGAUCCAUUGAUGUCAAGUAGUGGUUCUCUCCCCAGCUGGUGCGAGAAUGUGAUGAGUUUAUAUCCCAUGUUAUUCCCAUUUGAUACCAGACAGAUGUAUUUUAAUAGCACUGCAUUUGGCUGUGCGAGGUAGGUAAUGUGAAAACUACAGGUACAAGAAAGCUGUAGGUUUCAUUACAAAUACAGGCCCGUUUCCACUUGCCAGUUUUGCUACGAUUUCUAGUGCGAUUUUCUUCGGAGUAUAUGUCCCCUCAUCUGAACAUUCAUAACUCAUCCACUCGUUCACAUCCAUCAGACGAAGAAAAUCGCACCUGUUGAUUUCAACAGACUUGCUGCAAGUUGUUCUAUCAGACCUGUUAUCUCUUGUUAGUAACAGGUUUGUAGCGGGUUGUUUCAACAAGUCGCUACGGCUCUGUUGUCAACAGCUUGCGACAAACCUGUUCCCGCAAGCCUGUUACCGCCUGACGAGACCAACAGACCUGUCGCGACUUGUUGACAACUUGCCGCAAGCCGGUAAAAUCAACAGCUUGCGACAGACCUGUGAGAUUUCUGGCUGUGUACGACUACAAAAACUCGUCAUCUUCACUCACGCUCAUAUUAUGUUGUGACGAUGAUUAGCAAACAGGCAGUGAUACGAGCAACUUGCUCUUAUUAUGACGUCAUGGGGUUGAUCUUGGUCGUAAUGAUCUUGGUAGUAAUUGUUACUUCUUAUAUUUCAGAACGAUCAUCUGGCUGCAGACUUCCCGUGAUGCAGCGGUGGAGCGGUCAAGAACACCAAGUUCUCGACGAGAUGAUCAACACGAGUUUUCUAUUGGUCGCUUGAAACACGAGAGAAUACGUAUCUCUAGAGAUGACGGGGUAGGGAAAUUGAUUGUGAUCAUUAUUUUCUUCGUCAAGCACCAAGUUUGUCCAAACUAAGCCGUCGUGUCGUAUGAAGAUAGUUGACUCAGUCUGCCUAGGGGGAGGAGGUCAGGAGGAGGAGGCGUUCACUCAGGCCUCAUGUAAACAGCGAGACAAUACUAUGACCCAACGAAAUCGUUCCACUCUAGCUUCUUCCUGAUGUAAAACUGGCCUAGUCCUCCAUGGAACUAGAUGUAUCCUGAAUGUGUUGUAGGAAAUUGCUCCCAGUACUUAUGUUUCAUUUCUGUUUUAGCUUCUUGGUUCAGCCAUCAGAGUACUUAAUUUCCACAGCGAAAGAAAAGCGAUACUUGAAGUAAGUUACUUUACCGAAGACAUUUCAUGAAUUAUUUUCUUCAAAGCGUUUACAAAGUUACUGACCCCAGAAUGAAGCGUAACAACUUUCAUAACAUUACCAACUGACCAGAUUUGUCAAGCAAAACCUGUGCUGAAGUGCAUAGGACUAUUAAUGUGUGUUUCUUUUUCAGUUUGAGUUCGAGGGUGAAGAAGGCACUGGUCUCGGUCCUACACUGGAGUUCUAUUCUCUGGUUGCUGCCGCGCUUCAAGAAAAGAGUCUGGGAAUAUUUCUUUGUGAUGACGACACACAUGAUCACGUCGAACAGGAGGUAAACUGUUAAACAACAGAGUGCUGUCACGUGACGCCAUCGUGGAGCGCCCAAUCAUUGCACCGGGUUUUAAAAAAUCACGUGCACCAAAAAUUAACCCAGGUACUUCUUCUUAUAUUUCAGGUUGAUAUAGGUCAUGGUAUACGAGCUCCGGGAUACUACAUCCAGAGAGCCGGAGGUUUAUUCCCGGCACCUUUACCCCAAGAUGGCAGCAAGAUAGAACGUGUUUGUAAACUGUUCACAUUUCUGGGAAUUUUCCUUGCGAAAUCUCUUCAAGACAAUCGUCUGGUUGAUCUACCACUCUCACGAUCUUUCCUCAAGUUAUUAUGUAAUGGUGGCGGUGAUAAUAGUAUGGUACCCACUCUCCCGACUACACACGGCCAUGCAAGUCAUCUCUCGCUCGCCGAAGGAUUGGAGGACUCUUGUAGUUAUGAAGAAGAACGAGAAUCUGUAAGGAAUUUGACCACCAAUGAACUGGAUAGAUUUAGAAAG